CAUACCAAGUUGAACCACGGUCGUGGCCAGGCUGUUCUCGCUCUCUCGCUGCUGGUUUUGCUCUCUGUUCGAGGGGUAGCAUCGCUUACCGCUGCUAACGUAACCCAGGUCGGGGUUCGCGCAUGGUCGGAACCGUCGUCCAUCCGUUCUGGUGAAGUUUUGCUCAAGGGUGCUUCACGCGUGCCUGCCUGCCUGCCUGUGGCCAGUGUUCUAGGGCAUCGAACAUUCAAUCGAUUGCUUCCGUUUGUCCUCCGUGCAGUGUACAGUUUUCCAACUUGUGUUUGGUGACACGUUUUUCCUCGCCCAAAAUGAUGCUCAAACAGCUCGGCAGCCAAGUGCUGUUCCGUUCCAGCCAACGGGUGCCGCAGAUGUGCCGCACGUUUGCCGCCGUUCCACAGGUCGAACCGGCUGGACCAUCCCUUCAAACCGAGGUACCUGGACCGAAAUCGAAGGCAUUGCUGCAGCAGCUGAAUCAGCUGCAGAAUGCUGGUUCCGUGCAGAUGUUCGUUGACUACGAUAAAUCGUACGGAAAUUACCUGCAGGACGUCGAUGGUAAUGUGCUGCUCGACAUCUACACGCAAAUCUCUUCGGUGCCGCUCGGAUACAAUCACCGCGAGCUCCUCAAGGUGUUCCAGAAUGAUCACAAUCUUUCCGCCCUCAUCAACCGCCCUGCGUUGGGCGUAUUUCCCGGUGAGGAUUGGCCGGCCCGGCUCCAGAAUGUGCUGAUGUCCGUUGCUCCGGUAGGUUUGGAUCACGUCACCACCAUGAUGUGUGGUUCUUGCUCAAACGAAAAUGCAUUCAAGAACAUCUUCAUCUGGUACCAAAAGAAGCAGCGUGGCGAGGCGACCCCAUUCUCCGAGCAGGAGAUGCAAUCCUGCAUGGUCAACCAGUCACCGGGAGCCCCGAAGCUGAGCAUACUGAGCUUCCACGGUGCGUUCCAUGGCCGUACGCUCGGCUGUCUGUCGACAACACACUCGAAGUACAUCCACAAGAUCGAUGUACCAUCGUUCGAUUGGCCGAUUGCACCGUUCCCCAAGUAUCGCUACCCACUGGAGGAGAAUGUGCGCGAGAAUGCACAGGAGGAUGCCCGCUGUCUGGCGGAAGUCGAACGGCUGAUCGACCUGUACGCCAAGCGAGGCAUUCCGGUGGCGGGCAUCAUCGUGGAACCGAUUCAGAGCGAAGGAGGUGACAAUGAGGCAUCGCCCGAGUUUUUCCAGGAGCUGCAACGCAUUGCCAAGCGCACCGGCAGUGCACUGUUGAUCGAUGAGGUACAGACGGGCGGUGGGCCGACUGGCAAGAUCUGGUGCCAUGAGCACUUCAAUCUCGACUCACCACCGGAUGUGGUGACGUUCAGUAAGAAGAUGCAGCUCGGUGGCUACUAUCACGGGGCGCACAUGAAACCGGCCCAACCGUACCGCGUGUUCAACACGUGGAUGGGCGAUCCCGGUAAGCUGCUGCUGCUCGAGUCCAUCCUGCAGGUGAUCAAGCGGGAGUCGCUGCUGGAGAACGUACGCCGUACGGGCGACAAGCUGAAGCAGGGGCUGCUGCAGGCUGAGAAGGCGUUUCCACAGCUGCUCAGUGCUACCCGGGGCCGUGGUACCUUCCUUGCCAUCAACUGUGCCACACCGAAGCUGCGCGAUGACAUCGUGGCAGCGCUGAAGCAGAAAGGUGUGCUGUCCGGUGGAUGUGGUGACCUGAGCAUACGCUUCCGCCCGGCUCUCAUCUUUGGCGAGAAGCACGUCGACAUUUUCCUCGAUAAGUUCCACCAGGUGCUGAAGGAGAUCAAGUAAGGCUGCCCAGUUUUUUUGGGAUCGCCAGCUAACUUACUGCACCACGCGCGAGUUGAACCGGUGGAUCGGUGAUCGAAAGGAAGGAAGAUUGAUGGUGGACGCUCAGACUCGGAAAAAACGGACUAGCUCGCAUGGGGAAUUGUUUUUAUUUAAGCGCACAGCCUGCACACGGACACAGGCGGACGUUCCGUCAGCAACAGCACAACAAUCCCAGCGUCGUACAAAUUUACCACUUUUAAGCGGCGUAGAGCCCUAAUAAUUCCAAACUGUAAGGUUGGCUGCUAAUAGUGGUAGUAGUAGCAACGUACUAGCGCUUGACAACGCAGCUGCACAGGGGCUGAAGGAGAAGAUAUUAUAGAGCAUACUAAAUACUACGCGGUAUACUGUAACGCAACCCUCAAUAACAACAGCACACCAAUUGUGUACUUCGUGGACCGCCAGCGAACACACAUGAGAGAACAUUUGUCUUCCAAACAGCAAACGUGAUUCCAAUACUCGGUGUCGAACGGUGAUCAACUGGGUCGCUCUCGCCUGAAGGGUGGGUGCACCCGGGGGGGAUUCCGUUUCAAAAUAAAAUAGAUAAAUGUUGUCGC